CGGGCACGCUAUAGUGUAAGCAGAACUGUCAAACGAAGAAAGUAAUUGCCAAGUUGCUCGGUCAAUGAUGGCACAGCGGACUUCCUAGCCAAGUAAUCUGCUACAAUUUACACACUGAUAAAGCCGACUACGUUGGAGAACCGUAACUAAUUACAGAGACAAAAGUGCAGCUCCCAAACAGCUUAUUGCCAUUGCAGCACCCUAAAUGUCGUAAAUCGGGCAAGUGCCUCAACGACUUCUUCAUAAGCUUACAGGGCGGACCAAGGGAGUAAGAGCCAUGUUGUUCACGGAAUUGUUUGUCUUUUUCGUCACUACAAUCCCUACGCUGAGCGUAAAAGCUCAGGCGCCGGCGCAAGACGAAAUCAAGUCACUUCCAGGACUCACUGUAAAGCCCACUUUCAAGCAGUACUCGGGAUUCCUGAACGCAGGCCCGAAUCGAAGGCUGCAUUACUGGUUUGCAGCGAGCCAGACGUCGAAAGCGUCUGUCGAUCCGGUGGUCAUCUGGGUUAACGGCGGGCCCGGAUGUUGCAGUUCGAUGCUGACUCUGAUGAUGGAACAUGGCCCGUUCCGGCCCACGGACAACGGGCAGCACCUCGUGCCUAACGACUUCAGUUGGAACAAGGUCGCUAACGUCCUGUUCUUGGACGCACCGGCCGGAUCGGGCUACUCGUACGACGCCACCGGAAACUACACCACUGACGACGAACGGGCCGCAGACGACACGUACCUUGCUAUAGAGGACUUCUUCCACAAGUUCUCUCUGUACAACACCAAUGACCUCUACGUCGUAGGGCAAGGUCACGCGGCCACGCACGUCACCCUCGUUGUCGAACGGCUGCUUGAGGAUCCUGCGGUGAAACUAAUGGGUUAUGCUAUCAACAAUGGAAUCCUUGACGAGCGUUUCAGGGGAAAUUCCCUAAUGUUCUUCGGCUACUACCACGGCCUCUUUGGACGAAGACUCUGGAAGAAGCUGACUACGAAUUGCUGCAACGGGGCUAUUAAUCGAACAUCAUGCAACUUUGUCGAUUCCACCAUAGCAACCUGUCAGGAAGCGGUAAAAGAAGCUGGAAACAUCAUUGGAACUCCAGGACUGAACAUGUUUAACAUUUACGCGAAAUGCGAGCCAUCGAAAAACGAGUCCGACUGCUUGUUCGAGAGUGAGGAAUCGAGUGAUAUGUGCCGGAGGUCUAAGAAUUGGUUCGUUCGCCAUCCCGGCAUGGCAGACAAGGACAUCAGGUGGAGUCCUUCAUGCUUGGACACCAGUGAAGUGGCUGCGUACAUGAACAGGCAAGACGUUAAAACGGCGUUACACGUAGACGAAUCUCCAAACCAAUGGGUGCCAUGCAGCGAUGUCGUCAAGUAUAAGGUGAUGUACACGGACCUGCGAGAAAUAAUCAAAAAGAUAUCGUCCAGCGAUAAGGUAAGAGCCCUCUUCUACUACGGUGACGUCGACAUGGUGUCCAACUUUCUUGGUGCCAAGUGGUUCAUCGACAACCUUCGGCAUCAGACAUUAGUCACCUACGAGCAAUGGCUUUUCAAGCAACAAAUCGGCGGUUACGUGGAGUACUACGCCGGGAAUAUCGUCUACCUCACAAUAAAGGGCGCCGGACACAGAGUUUCAAGAGACAAGCCUCCCGUCUCACUGCAAAUAAUAACCCGUUUCGUUACAAAUCUACCGUUCUAGAGAGAAAAAAAAAGAAAAACGUAAACAUAAAAGAAAAGCACGCGCACGUAGAACUCCUUGUUUUCUAAUAAAUACCUGCUGCUGCCGUUUUUGUUGUGACCUUGAACAAAUAAAUGGUUAUAAUGAUCACUAAGUCGUUAACGCUGUUCUCCUUUACCGCUUCCAGCCGGUUAUCACGGUUUUGCGACAUGUCGAAUCCGAACUGAUAAUUCCAAUUGGGAAGCUUAUUCGAGAGAAAUCCUGAUUUUGAUGUCAUAUGGGACCAUCCAGCAAGACCGCGUUGGCGCGUCGCCAUCUGUAUAUCGGAAAGAACGCAUUCUGCACAGUGAUUCUAACAAGGGUCAACACUCCGUUAAACUCGUGCUGCUGUAUUUAUUCAGGGGCAUAAAUGGAAAUUGACAUCUCUGCAAGAGCGACCGUUUUAUGGAUUGUAAUAUAGAUGGG